AUGAGCGUUAGCAGCCGCAAUGUCUCGCCCGACGCACGGUCUAGCGCUUCUGUUGAGCACUGGGCCGCGGCGGCCGCGCACGAAGAGCCCGAGGUGGUUGAGUGGGACUGGGACGCGGAACAUGAAGACCGCCGGCGGGAGGCCAAGGCGGAUGUUGACUUUGCGCGCAACGGGCAGCUCGAGCAGGUGCCUUUCCAGGUCGAUCGUAAGCUGCUCAAAGACAUUGUCAAGGAUAAAAUGGAAAAAGACGUUGGCAGGAUCAACUUCAUCAGUUCAGGUACUUUCCACAAGGCGUAUCUCAUUACCCUUGUGGACGGAGAAGAAGUAGUGGCACGUGUGGCGCGGAAGUUCAUGCCUCGAAUCAAGACCGAGUCCGAAGUCGCAACCAUGCAAUACCUGCGCAAGUACACUUCGGUGCCAGUGCCCGAGGUAUACCAUUACGACGCGAACCAAUACAACCGGCUCGGAGGCGAGUUUAUCAUCAUGUCCAAGGCUCGAGGCAUUCCGCUAUCGCAAGUAUACUACUCCCUCGGACAUAACGAACUACUCGCCCUAUUAGACAACACGGCCAAGCUAUUGAUACCCCUCUUCGGUCACCGAUUCCCCAAGCUCGGCUCGCUUCAGUUCGCGCCCGAGGCCCCGCUGCCCAUGUCGUCAACUCUCGUGCCUCCAACACCUACGGCCAGCGAUCCACCCAAGGGCUUUGGGGAUCUCUCUUUCCCCACGCUGCCUCCCUCUACGUCCCCGCCUCCAGUAGACGACAUCAUUGUCGGUCCUAUCAUCUCUUGGCCCUUCUUCGGCUCUAACCGGGGCCUCCUCUCGCACCCCCAAGAGCUCGACCGCGGGCCGUGGUCGAGCACGCACGCCUACCUCGAGUCCUGCGCCCAGCGCGAGAUCACGGGCGUGAUCCGCGAGAACGAGGGCAAGGCCGUGCCGCACAAACUCCACCUUGACCCGGAUGAGGUGCAGUCCUCCCGCCAUCCGCACCACCUCGCCGCGCUCGAGAACGAGGACGAGAGCGAGGCGAGCACGGAGUGGGAUUGGGAAGAGAGCGAGCAGGAAUGGGAUGGUCCUGGCGAUAACAUGUACCGCGAUUAUCGUCGGAUGCAGCGCGGCACGUUCUUGCUCAGCCACAUGCAGGAGCGAGAGCAGAAGGUGAGGGAGGAGAUGGAGAGGUUCAUGAGGGUGAUGCAGAAGCUCGGCGUCAAGAAGGCGGAGGCGACUGCUGAAGGUGCUGAAUCUGGCGCUGAAGAAGAGUUCGCGCUCGACUGCCACGAUCUCAGUCUCGAGAACGUAUUCGUCGACGAGAAUGACCAUUCGAAAAUCACUUGCAUCAUUGACUGGGAAUCGACCACAACGAGGCCCCUCUGGGCAUCGGCUCACCUUCCCGCGUACCUACAAUCGUCGCCAUUCACUGCCAAGCUCUUCCGACGUGCGGUGCACAAACUUGCUCACGGGCGCACUUACGAUCCUGCCUCUCCUCGCCGCGUCCGCAACCUGCGACCGCGCGCCCUGGAGGACUUGGAGUCAGAAGAUGUAGAAGCACUUGCCGCAGAAUGGCUUUACUACGAGGCGUCCGGCGCCAAGCUCCGCUCCGUGCAUCGCUGUAUCGAAUGGGACGGAUGGGAGGAAGGCUUGAUCGACAGUAUCCUCGGACCACCGGAACAGGAGGAGGAGCUGGUCGCGCCGUGGGAACAGGUCGACGAAAUCGACGAGGAGGACGACGAGAUGGACGGCGUCAGCAGCCGCUCAGGCUCGGACUCCCCCAUAUCGGACUCGAUCGUCACCGAGGAGAGCAGCAAGGGCACCGGGCAGGGGUCGAACAAGAAGAAGAAGCGGCCGCCGUUCGCGACGUCCGAGGAGCGCGAGAAGGAGAAGCUGCUGAACGCGACUGGCGACAUCUGUGGUGGCCGCGGGGGCGAGCUUGGGCGAAGGCUCGAACAUUGGCUGCACGAAACGUCGCACGGCGAGGAGGACGACACGCUUCGCAAGUGGGCCGGGGAAGAUCCUGCCAGCGAGGAGGUGCAGUGA